UAUAGAUCGGUAAAAUACAUGACUUGUUAUACAUAUAUAUUAGGUACCAUGUACAACAAAUAUAUCAAUAUAUUCCAGAAAGUCAACGUUAAACAAUACAAUUAUGCUUUGGCGAAACCCGGACGCCGUAAGUAAGACCCAGGAAAUAUCUGGGAAGUAAGUCGCGGAAAACCUGAAGAGAAUAUUACGGUGCUUCGCUAUGAGUCGUAUAUAUGAAAAUAAAGCGCUGCAAAAUAAACCCGUGAUAAAUGAGAGACUAAAUUACCCGUGGCGACCCUCUGCACAUCAGAGUGGUACAGGUGUUAUUUUGGAAGGAAAGCUGGUGGAUGUGUCCCGGCAUGUUAUUACUGAUGUCAAUAACCAGAAGGACCGCUACUACAUUCUGUACAUUACGCCAAGUCGAAUCCAUCGGCGGAAGUUUGAUUCCAAAGGCAAUGAGAUUGAGCCGAACUUCAGUGAAACACGGAAGGUCAACACGGGCUUCCUUAUGUCUUCCUUCAAGGUGGAGGCUAAAGGGGAGAGUGACCGGCUCUCCGAGGACGAGCUGAAGGCGGUGGUCCACAAGGCGGAGCUCCUGAAGGUGACAGAGCGACAUACACCCCCUGGUACCGUGUCCUUCUGGUUGCCGGAGGUGGAAAUGGAAAAGACGGAACUAGAACCCGGGCAGGACAUCAGACUCAAAACCAAAGGGGACGGGCCAUUUAUCUUUUCUUUGGCCAAAUUAGACGGGGGCUCGGUAACGAAAUGCAACUUUGCUGGAGAUGAACAGACCGGAGCUUCCUGGACCGAUAAGAUCAUGGCGAACAAAGCUGACAGUGUGGCGAGAUGUGAAGAGGGGACCGAGGGGGUGGAGGAAAGCGAGUGGGAUGACUGAGGAGGUUUAUGAACGGUACCCUGCGGGAAACGGAUGGUCUAUGAGGCAGAAGGAAGCUAAGCUGCAUACCUUGCUGCUCUAACAAGAUUUACCGUAUUUACAUUUACAUGUAUUGACCAUCUUUCUGAAUCUUUGGAAAACCUUUAUAAUAAAAAUAUUUCAAUAAAAA